ACUCAGUUGUGUUUAAUAUUUCACAUACUCAGCCAUACAAAGCCACCAAUUAAUAUAAGAAAACAAUGUCUUCCUCAAGGAUUCAACUAGAACGCUAUCAUAUUCCACUGGAGGAGAUUAUCCUUGCAACUCAAAACUUCGGUGCAGAAACUCUGAUUGGAAAUGGUGGGUUUGGAAAGGUCUACAAAGGACAACUCUCCGAGCUUUGGCAAUACCACUCUGUGGCCGUCAAACGUCUUGAUCCACAUGGUUAUCAAGGACAUCGUGAGUUCCUUAAUGAGGUUAGGAUGAUUUCCAGUUUCCACCAUCAGAACAUCAUCCGCUUCGUCGGUUACUGUGAUGAAGGCAAUGAGAUGAUUGUAGUCUAUGACUAUGCAGUGAAUCGAAGCCUUGAUGAUCAUCUCCAAAAUCCGGAAAACAGGUGUCGCCUUUCAUGGGCACAGCGACUGAAGAUUUGUAUAGGGGCAGCAAGAGGACUCCAUUAUCUUCACUCAGGUCUUGGGGAUUCCAACAGAGUAAUACAUAGAAACAUGAAGAGCUCAAGCAUAUUAUUAGACGAAAAUCUGGAAGCAAAACUUUGUGAUUUUGGUUUGUCAAGAACAGUCCCCACAGAUAUUCAGCAACAUUCACAAAUGUAUACAAGAGUUGCGGGUACCAACUUCUACAUCGACCCCGUAUACUAUGAAAGCAGCAUGAUAAGCAAAGAAUCAGACGUUUACUCAUUUGGUGUGGUGCUGUUUGAACUGCUGACUGGGAUGAUGGCAUAUCACCUAAAGAGCAUCGGCGAUGAUGACCCACAACCAUUGAUGAACUUGGUCCGACGCUUCCAUGAUGAGGGGAUGGAAAACUUAAUUGAUCCGUAUAUGUUAACUCAAAUGGAUGCUCGUUCUUUUCAUAAGUUUGAAGAAAUUGCAUACAAGUGCAUUAGUUGGAAUUUGAAGGAUCGCCCUACAGUAAACCAGAUCAUCGAGUCGAUUGAGAUAGCACUGUAUUUUCAUAUCCACGAAGCUGCUUCAGCAAUUACCAUUCAAAGCCACCAAUAUCAAAACCCAGAAAGUUUUCUGAUUCCACUGCAGGAGAUAAGCUUUGCCACCCAUAACUUCAGUUAUGUAAAUCUGAUUGGAAAAGGUGAAUUUGGUAAGAUGUAUGGAGGACAACUCUCUCAGCAUUGGCAAAAUCGCAAUGCUGCAUUCAAACGCUAUCAUGGUACUGGAGGAUUUGGAGAGGAAGAGUUCCGUAAUGAGAUUAAGAUGAUAUCCAGCUUCAACCAUGAAAACAUCAUCCGUUUCAUAGGCUACUGCGAUGAAGAAAAUGAGAUGAUUAUUGUUUCUGAAUACGCUACAAAUGGAAGCCUUAAUCAUCAUCUCCGAGACCCUAUUAAGAUCAGUUGCAUAACAUGGAUGCAGCGACUUAAGAUUUGCUUGGGCGCAGCAAAAGCACUCAAGUAUCUUCACUCAGGUCUUGGUGAGGAUAGUCGAGUAAUUCACAGGGAUGUAACAAGUGCGAAUAUAUUGUUAGAUGACAAUCUGGAUGCCAAAGUUUGUGGUUUUCAUUUGUCAUUAUUAGUCCACCAAAAUAAGCCACAAGUCUAUGAAAAUGUUGUGGGUACCGAAUAUUACUUGGACCCCGUUUACAAUGAGAGUGGCAUCGUGGAGACAAAUUCAGACGUCUACUCAUUUGGGGUGGUACUAUUUGAGAUGUUGAGUGGGAUGUUGGCGUGUCAGGGAAGGAGUAUUGAUGAUGAUGAGCCACAAAUACUCAUAAAUUUGGUCCGACGAUACUACGAUGACGGACUAGAUCGCUUAAAUGAUCCUAAUAUACGAGUUCAAAUUAAUACUCGAUCUUUCAAUGUGUUUAAGGAAAUUGCGUAUCAGUGUCUUAGUUGGAAUUCCAACGAUCGCCCUACGAUGAACAUGAUCAUCAGGAGGAUUCAGGAUGCACUAGAUAUUCAAAGCCCCCGCAUUGCUUCAACCAUUACCAUGCGAAGCGACAAACGUCAGAACCUACAACAAUUUCUAAUUCCACUAAAAGAGAUUAGGCUGGCCACAGGAGACUUCAAUUCUGAAACUCACAUCAGAGAUGAUGCAUUUGGUGUGGUCUACAAAGGACAACUCCCAGAUCAUUGGCAAAGUCGCAUAGCUGCCUUCAAACGAUUUAAUUUCAAUGGUGCGUUUGGGAAGGAUGAGUUCCUUAAUGAGGUUAAGAUGAUGUCCGACUUCAACCAUGCAAACAUCAUUCCUUUCAUUGGGUUUUGUGAUGAAGACAAUGAAAUGAUUCUAGUAUAUGAGUAUGCUAUCAAUGGAAGGCUUGCUGAUUAUCUCCAAAAUCCAGAUAAGAUUGGUUUCUUAACAUGGGCACAACGCCUGAAGAUUUGCAUUGGGGCAGCAAGAGGACUCAACCACCUUCACUCAGGUCUUGGGGAGGACAAAAGAGUAAUUCACAGAGAUAUCAAGAGUGCAAAUAUACUACUAGAUGAUAAUUUGGAAGCAAGAGUUUGCGGUUUUGGUUUGUCAUUAGUACUUGCCGAAGAUCAGGCACAAGUUUAUGGUAGUGUUCAGGGUACCCAAUAUUACCUGGAUCCCAUUUACAAUGAAAGUGGCAUUGUCAAAAUAGAAUCAGACAUUUACUCGUAUGGGGUGAUGUUGUUUGAAAUGUUAAACGGGAUGUUGGCUUGUGAGAAAAGGAGCAUUGGUGAUAAUAAGCCACAAACACUCGUAAAUUUGGUCCGGCGCUACUAUGAUGAAGGACCAGACAUCUUAAUUGAUCCUAUUAUCAGAGAUCAAAUUAAUAUUCAUUCCUUGCAUUCGUUUAAAAAAAUUGCAUAUCGAUGCAUCAGCUUGAACUUGAAGGAUCAUCAAAAGAAUUGAGGAAGCAAUAAAUAAUCAAAACCACGGAGCACCUUCAAACAUUACCACACAAAGCGAGCAAUUAGAAAGUUUUCUAAUUCCACUAAUGGAGAUCAACUUGGCUACCAGAGAUUUCAAUCCUGAAAAUCUGAUCGGAAAUGGUGGAUUUGGUAUGGUCUACAAAGGAAAACUCCCUAAACACGGGCAAAACUGCAUAUUCGCCAUCAAACGCCUUGAUCCGAAAGGUCUCCAAGGAAAGAACGAAUUCCUUAGUGAGCUUAAGUUAAUUGCCAGCUUCCACCAUCAAAACAUCAUCCCGUUUGUUGGAUACUGUGAAGAAGAUAAGGAGAUGAUUAUAGUUUCCAAAUACGCUGUCAACGGAAGCCUUGAUCGUCUUCUUCAGGACUCGAAUAAGAGGAAUCGCCUAACAUGGGCACAACGCCUCAAGAUUUGCUUAGGGGCAGCAAAAGGACUCGACUACCUCCAUUCAGGUCUCGGGAAUAACAAGCGAGUGAUACACAGAGAUGUCAAGAGCGGAAACAUACUAUUAGACGAAAAUAUGGAAGCUAAAAUUUGUGAUUUUGGCUUGUCUAAAGAAGGCCUUGGAACUCAGCAACUUACCCGAUUCUUUACAAAAGCUGCGGGUACUAACUUCUAUCUGGAUCCGGUUUACCAGGAAAGUGGCAUCCUCUCUAAAAAGUCGGAUGUGUACUCAUUGGGAUUUGUAUUGUUUGAAAUCUUAAGUGGGACUCUGUCUUAUGUCCGAACGAACUUCGUAGAUGGUAGCCCACAAUUUCUUAUAAACCUUGUCCGACGCUAUUAUAAUGAAGGGCCCGAGAAAUUAAUUGAUCCAGUUAUAAGAGAUCAAGUUGAUAGCCGUUGUUUCCAUAUAUUCAAAGAACUUGCAUAUCAGUGCAUAAGUUUAAAUUCAAAGGAGCGCCCUACAAUGGACACAAUUAUUGACAGGAUCGAGGAUGCCAUGGAUUUUCAAUGACUCUUAUGACUUAUCAAUAUACUGGCAUAUACCUGGCAUGGAGAAUUUGAUAGACAGAGAGAAAGAGACAGUGCAUAUCUGCAGUAUGAGUUUUUGUCGAUUGCAAUUUUUGAUGAUUCUUUUUACGGCGGCAACAAUGUUUUAUGGGUUUUUAUCCUCUUAAAAUUUAAUGUGUAAAUUGGACUGGUUUUUUGGUUUACUAAUAACUUUAACUAGUUAUAUAGUUUCCUAAUGGUUUAGUUCUUUUUUUUUUAAUGAAAUCUUAUCAAUAGCUCUUGGGAAAGCGGUUUUCUAGUUCUUCUUCAUAAAUUUCAUUAACCAUUUUAGUGAUUGUUCAUGGCUAAAUAAUAUUAUAUACUGUUAUAUUAAGCUCAAAACCUCGGACCCUUAGACAGUUAGACGUUCAGCGGGUCCCUUGUAGUCGCCGGAAAAAAUAGCGCAUUACCUAAUCAAGUUGUUGGAUGCACUCUGGAAGCAAUUUUAUUGUAAACUAAAAGAUAGAUAUAAGAAUAAUAACAAUUAUCAUUAUAAAUAUAGUUACAGCUAUAAAACCAAUAAUCAUGGUCGUUGUAUAAAAAUUUUCAUCCAUUUGACAAAGAGAAAUUAAAUAUCCUCUUAAUUUUUCAUUCUACAAAUUCUCCU